AUGAAUAAAAAACACGAAACCAAUCCUUCUAAUAUAAAUACCCAACCAAUUAUAACUCUUCGAAGGGGCAGAAGCAAAGGAAUAAUUAAUGUGACAAGCGAAACAUUUACACCUACCAAAAUCAAAACACAAAUCAAUAAUUCCAACACUUCUAAUUCUGAUACUCAACCUACUAUUACCCUUCGAAGAGGCAGGAGCAAAGGAUUAAUUAAUACAAGUGAAACAUACACCAAAGUCAAUUCUAAAACAAAAAAUGAUACCUUUAAUGGAACGAAUUUAAAUACUAUAAAUACUCAACCUACCAUAACCCUUCGAAGGGGCAGGAGUAAAGGAAAAAUUAAUGUAACAAGCGAAAUACCUACCAACAUAAAUUCACAAAUUGAUGAUUCUGGCACUUCCGAUUCUAAUGGAAGUAAAGCAGAUACUAAAAAUACUCAACCUACAAUAACCCUUCGAAGGGGCAGGAGUAAAGGAAAAAUUAAUAUAACAAGCGAAACACCAACAAAUUUAAAUAUUACAAAUACUCAACCUACUGUAGCCCUUCGAAGGGGUCGGAGCAAAGGAAAUAUCAAUCCAACCAUAACUGAAGGUUCAUCUACUUCUUUAAGAAAAAGAAAGGCCGAAAAUGAACCACAACAACCAAAUCAAAAACGUGGCCGAGGAAGGCCACGAAAAAACACUGAACCUCAACUACAACAACCAACACCACAGCAAAAACGUGGCACCAAAUACACUGGAAAUUCAUUAAUGGGAAGCUUUGUUGGCUCUCAAAGAUCUAUUUUUGAUGAGAAACCUACACGAGAAGGGGAAGAGAAUGAUAAGGAAAGUGGAGCAGAAGAAACCUCAUUCCAACAACAAACAGUAUUAACUGGUGAAGAGAACGAAAUUACCCGACAUUCAGUUAAAGCUAAACUAUAUUGUAUGGUUGGGCAGAUGUGGAAAGAGAGAGGAGUUGGGACCCUAAAACUCAAUUACCCGAGAAAUUAUGAAAAUAAUCCUCGAUUAGUAAUGCGGGCAGAUAAUGUCUUAAGAGUGAUCUUAAACGUUGCAUUAUUUCCUGGAAUGCACGUUGAAAGAUCACAGGAAAAAUUCAUAAGAUUAGGUGUAUUCGAAGGAGGUAUACUCGUUCAUCUUGCUGUAAAGGUAUCGGAUUCCAAGACAGCAGAUAAAUUAUAUAGAGCGAUAAUGGUCGCAAUACCUCCAGCUCAAAAUCAAUCUCCCCCUCUUCCUGAAGUAACUUCGGAGAUGUCAUUCUGA